AUGCUGCCAGCCAAGCGAUACCAACGCGCGGUGGAUGCGCUCGUUCUGAAGCUACAAGGUCAUGCCAACAUGCCGCGCCACUUGUACAACCAUGGCCUUCCCUGGAUCACACUGAUGAUUUGGCAUUUGGCUCAGAAAUUGAAUCCGGGCAUCAGAAUAGGCGAGCUACAGGAUAUGCUGGCAAUAUGGAUGGAUGUUCCAAACUGCGCCCUGGACAUGGCCCAAUGCGCUCAUGUGUCCAACAUUGUGUCCGCGUUGGAGAGUCAUUACCAAAUCGAGCCCGCGACGCAGACGCUGCAUUUGACUGAUGCUGACUGUGAGAACAUUCAGCGUUCUAUGGCCGCAGCCUGGAUACACAAAGCUAUUAUGAUAACUCAUGACGGCGGAAGAACGCAGCUCGUAGACGUGGUGGUGGCGGACACGCUGGAAAGGGGAUUUGGACCAGGUUUCGGCGAAAUAUUGCAGCCAAUCUGGGUCCUGAAUAUUCCGGGCACGCUCAGAGACUUGGCGUUUUUCGCUGCGUUACAUGUUCAAGUCGAAGACACUGGCCGACAUUUAUUUGACAACUCGGUUGUUUUGCCGGUGAAGCUUUUGAAAGCUUGGCGUAGCCCUUGUGGCGAAACUUUUCUGGAUUGCGCUCGUUAUUUCGGGCCAGACGCUCCUUGA